ACGUCACCCAUUCCUUCUCUCCAGAGGUGGACUCGACCAGAGUUUGAACUGAAAUGGCAGACAAAGCAGACUUCAGGGAGGUGGCUGCCUUUGACAAGAGCAAAUUGAAGAAAAAGGACACGGAAGUGAAGAACACACUCCCCACAAAAGAAAUUAUUGAUCGGGAGAAGAAAGCAGAGAGCGGCUAGUUGCUGAAAUUGUACAGUAUCCAUGGCGGAGGGAGUCGCUCAGCCUUAUUUGGAGAGAUGAAGCCCAUUUCUUACUGUGAACUGAACUACUGAAGGGGCAGAGCAUUGCUAAAUGGCUGCUGGUUCUGAGACCUUUUGGACCACGGCUGUGAUUUAUCCAGUGUUGUAAAUGAAAUGAAUAAAAAUUCAAUUUGCACAAAAAAAAAAAAAAAAA